UUUGCCUGAAACUUUACAAGCAGUUGAUCCUAUUGUUGGUAUUUCGCAAGUUACCAAGCACUCUGUACCCAUUGCUCCAGAGUUGUAUUGUGAUGAUGGUCCACCAUUCAAAGUUAAGGUGUUUGCCAGGUCUGAGAAUUGUGCAGUAUUGUUCAAUUUAGCAGACCAAGAUUCCUGUCAUAGUUGUUUGAGCCUUUUCGAAGCUAAACAAAAAAAGGUGCCUUUGAAAUCUGCACUGAAAGCAACGGCUGUUAAAGAUAAAGCUCCUUUGGUCAGCUGCAGCAAAGAAAGGUUGAUUGCCACCAUCCAGCAACAACGUGUAAUGUGUAAAGAUCUCGAGAGCCAGCUUGUGAACAUGCAAAGGGAGAUUUAUUCUAACAGUAUUGAGAUCAAUAAAACUCUUGAAGACGACAUCUUGAGUAUUUUGGAUAAGAGUGAUCUUAAAACUUCGCGCCAUAUGAACUUGUUCUGGCAACAGCAGAAGAAACUUCUGGCAUCCCUCAAGUUUGGUCGAAGAUAUCAUCCCCACCUUAUCAGAUUUUGCCUCUCCUUAAACUCCAAGUCACCAUCAACAACAUACCGAGAACUG